AUGGAUGCAUCUCCUCACGCGGAGGCCGCAGAAUGCGCAAGCGUCCGCCUGCGGGUCACGGAGGAGCCCCUCCCAGUUGCCAAGAAGAGGGCGUGGAGGAAGGUGAAAGCCAAGAAGCCUGGCGAACAGCUGGAGAGCGACGCCCAGGAUUCUGCGUGGCAGUCCAGCGAUCUGCCUAGCACCAUCCAGGCGCCGGCGCCGGCGAGAGUCAUGCCGGCGCAGGUGCUGGCGGACGAGCCAGCCGUAGCCGAGGUGAAGCCCGGGCAAAACAGCCUGCAGGCUGUCAAAGAGGUGAAGCCCGAGCAAACCAGCCUGGAGGCGGUCAAAGAGGUUCAGCCCGAGCCAACCAGCCUGGCUGUCAAAGAGGUGAAGCCCGAGCAAAGCAGCGUGGAGGCGGUCAAAGAGGAGCGCAAGAAGCCUGAGGAGAAGGUGAAGGAGAAGGCUGCAUCCCUUCGGCACGGGAAGUUCACCACGGAUGGCCGAGUGCAGGAAUUUGUGUACAUUCCCUCUGGCGAUGCAGAUCUCGCCUCGAAGUCAGCGGAUAUCUUUGAGACCAUUUUGCGCGACUGGAACCUGCAGAGGCCACACCUGCUGAUCAAGUUUCAGUCUGGUUUCGCGCAUCCCAAGUACCUGCUGGAGCAAAAAGAGCUGGACAAGCUGGAGAACGACUCGACGCGCUCUGAGCUGAGGAGGUACUAUGAGCACUUCCUGCGGCAGCAAGAGCAAGCCGACAGAGAGAAAGAGGCGAAGGACAAGGCCAAGGAGGCGAAGGAGGAAGAGGAAGACGACGAAGAGGAGGCGCUCAGCGAAAAAGACCGGGCAAAACUGGAGGAAAAGAGAAGAAAAGAGGAGCUUGUGAAGGAGGCAAAGCGGAAAAGCGAGCAAAAAGCAAAAGCUCUGGAACAGUUGAACGAUUUCCUGUACAGAUCCCUUAGCAAUUUGAUUGAUGUCAUCGUGCGCGCUGCAGUGCGAAACCACUGCUGGAUCCUAGUGGAGGGCGGCCCAACAGGCGGGCUCUUGCUCCUGAAGCAGGCGGUGGAGAGAUGCAAAGAGCGACCCGUGGUGCUGGUGAUGGAUAGCUUCAGGAAAAAGCGAUAUCCGUACGCUGAGGUGGAGGGGUUUCUCGAGAAGGAGAAGCCCAACUCCUUGAAGCAUCUGCUGAAGAAGGACCCGCAAGGCCUCCAGCAGACCUUGGAGGCCGCGGGCCUGGAGCUGGCGAACCUCCUCAAGGACGAUCACCAGGCGCUCGAUCCGGGCCCCAGAGCCCCGGGACUCUGGGAGAGACCCUUUUGA